AUGGAUGGAUUAUAUAAUAAGAUUUUCAAAAAUAAAUAUUUAAAGAAUAUAAUCUUUUCAAACAUUAAAGAAUAUAAUAAAGAACAAAGAUAUAUUAGAUAUAAUUAUUAUGAUUUCCCAUUUGAAUUAAUAUUGAAAACAAAGAAUCAACAAUUAUUAAUUGAAAAAUUAAAUGAUUAUAAAUUUUAUUUUAUUGAAAAUCAAAAUAUUAAUAUGGAUACAUUCAAAUAUUUUAUAAAUUUUAAUGAAUCAUGUUUAGAACAGUUAUAUAUUUGGGAUGAAUUACCAUUUGAAUUAUUUGAACUAGUUUUUAAAAUAUUUGGAAAUGAAAUAAAUGAAAUUAAUAAUAAAUCUCAAAUAAAUAGUGGAGGAAGGUAUUAUUAUGCUGAAAAUCAUUUUCAAAUAUUUGGAAAAUUAUUUUACAAGCAUUUAAUUAAAAGCUGUAAUUCUGAUAAAUUCAAAUUUCUAAUUAAUAACAAUCAUUUUAAUAUAAAGAAUAUUGAUUUACACUCAUUAAAAUUAUUAUUUCAAGAAAUUACUAUUACUGAUUCAAAUAAAGAAGAAAAACAUAAUGAAAUCAAUAAAAGAAAAGAAAUGUUUGAAUUUAUUUUUAAUGAAAUUAAUAUUUCAUUUUGUCAAUUAGCACAAUAUUUAAACUCUUUAAUAGCGAGUAAAAAUUUAUCAGAAAUAUACGGGCCAUUCAUUAUUGAUCAUUUUCCAAAACAUGAAAUUAUUCCAAACUCAUUCAAAGAUUGUAUGUUAUCAAUUUUUGAACACCAAAAUUUAUUUAUUUUUAAAGAGAUUUUAAAUAAAUAUAAAUAUAUUGAACAAAGAAUAGAUAUUUUACAAUCACCAGCAGAGUUGGUAACUAUUUUUGGUAUUAAAAUUGAAAAAUGUGUAAUUGAAGCAAUGGAAAUUCCAAUCAAAUGUUUAUUUGAAAGUUUUAAUGUUGAAAUUACCAAAACUCUAUGGGAGGAUUUAAAAUUUUCUGGUAUAGCUUUAUUUAGCCUUAGAUCAUUGGUAAUAAUCAAUGAUCCAAAUGUUGCAUUAUACUUUAAUGAAAAAUUAAAAGGAGACAUUUCAUUAAAAAAGAUAUCAUUGGUAUGUGAUUAUAGGUUAAGAAAGAUGGGUAUGAGAGAUCAGGUUCGCUUUGAAACAACUCAUAAUAACAAAUCUGACUAUAAUUAUCUUAAUGACAAUGUUUCAAAAGAGAUAAUUCAAGACCUACCAAUUUAUUUGUAUAAUCCAAAUGAAUUUUUAAAUUGUAUAAUUAAAAAAGGAUGUAUAGAAACUUUUAAAGAAUACUUUAAAAAGUUUCCAAGACAUUAUAAUAUUGAACAUGUUAAAAAUAUAUCCCUCCUCAUGAGAGAUACAGAUUUUUUUGGUUUUUUAUUAGAUAUUAUUAAAUUUGGUGAACCACCAGAAAUGAAUCAAGUAAAUUUACCAUUAUAUCAUCAAAGUUUUUUAAAAGUGCUAUUGGAAUUUUCAAUUGAAAAUGAUAUAGGCAAACUAUUUGAUUCAGUUUCAUAUCGUUUAACUUCACUUUUAUCAAACAAUCCAAAGCAAGGAAAAUCAUUUAUAAGUAGUAUUUCAGAAUGGGUAGUUUCCAAUCCAACACUUGCUAGAAGAUGGCUAAAUAAUUCCACCUUAAAAUUUUAUUAUCAAGAGACGGUUUCAGAAAAGGUAAACCAGAUUUUAUCAAGUCCAAAAUUCGUAGUUGCUCCAAAUUCUAUAAUUGAUUCAAUUGAAUCAAAAUUUUUAAUUGGUGAACUUUUAAACACUGAUUUCCAAAUAAAGACACUCAAAACAACUGAACUUCAAAAAAGAAUCAUUUAUUGUGCAAUUAAAAAUGAAAUCGUCCUUACAAACUCCCAUACUCUCUCCUAUGAUUUCUCAAAAAUAAAUAGAAUGAAAAGUUUGUAUUUCAAAAUAUUUUGCUUUUUUUAUCCUUACUAUGAUUCACUAGAGGCUGAACAUGGUAAAGGAUUUAUACUUUAUAAAAUUAUAAUCAAACUUCUCAAAUGUAAAAUUCUAUCAUUAGAAAACUUUGAUUCAAAAUUAUUUUUAAAAACACCUCGCUUGGAAAAAGAUAUAAAAAACUUUAUUUCAAAAAUUAAUAAUUAUGAAAAUGGUCAAAAUAUUAUAACUUUUAGUGAUAAUUUUAAGAAUUUAAAUUUUGAAAUAUAA